GAGGAGGAGAUGAUCUGAAGACGCUGAGAGGACUGCUGCUUUCUGUGUGACUCACUUUACGACUUCUUGGUUCCCAUAGACGGACGAUAAAGCGGAGGAUUUACCCCGGAGAUCACCAUGCUGACCCCGCUGCGCUCCCUGCUGGCCGCCAGCCUGCUGCUGCUGCUGCCCGGCUCUCAGGCCUGGAGCCCCCGCUACAACAACGGCUUUCACUACCAGGACAUCAGCCAUGGAAACGGAAACGGAGAGAUCUACUUUAACGGGGUGCGCCUCCUGGUGGAAUCCCCUGAGAUCUCGGUGUCGGCCUCCAGGGGCAGCAGUGUCACGCUGCCCUGCCACUUCCACUACGAACCCGAGCCCUCUGCGCCUCGCAGGACUCGGGUCAAAUGGUCGUGGCUUCCCGCCAACACCGUCAGUGCACCCGUGUCCCCGCAAGACCUCGCCAUGGAAACGGAGGUCAUGGUGGCCAUGGGCAACCGUCACCGCAGCUACGGCAGCUUUAAGGGAAGGGUCCGUCUGCGACGCUCGGCCCCGGGCGACAUGUCGUUGGUGAUCAACGGGCUGCAGCUCAACGACACGGGGAGAUACCGCUGUGAGGUGAUCGAUGGCCUGGAGGACGAGAGUGUGACGGUGGACCUGGAGAUGAGGGGUGUGGUGUUCCCCUACUUCUCUCAGAAAGGACGCUACCUUUUUAACUUCUUUGAGGCCAAAAAGGCGUGCAAGGAUCAGGAGGCCACGCUGGCUACAUUUGAGCAGCUCUUCACGGCGUGGGAUGAGGGGCUGGACUGGUGUAACGCCGGCUGGUUGGCUGACGGCACAGUGCAGUAUCCAAUCACAGCCUCUCGUGACGGAUGUGGUGGAGAUGACUUAGCUCCUGGUCUGCGCAGCUAUGGACAACGACAUCGCCUCCUCCACCACUACGACGCCUUCUGCUUCUCCGCCUCUGUCAAGGGGACCGUGUACUUCUUAAAGCACCACACCAAGCUCAACUUCACAGAAGCGGUCCAGGCUUGUGCCAGUGAUGGAAGUCAAAUUGCCAAAGUGGGCCAGAUGUACGCCGCCUGGAGGCUGAUGGGGUUGGACCGCUGUGACGCCGGAUGGUUGGCUGACGGGAGCGUCCGUUAUCCCAUCACAAAGGCCCGAGCUAACUGCGGCCCACCAGGACCAGGGGUGCGUAGUUUUGGGUUCCCCCCUCUGAGCCUGAAAUUUGCCGUCUACUGUUAUCGGUAGAUGCUUCGGCUCAAAAUAAGACAAACAGCGCAUUGGUUCAAAACUGGGUUUGUGAGGUUAGCAUUAGCUAUAGCCUGGGAGCAAAUUAGCAGUUUCUUCAUUUCUGAGCUAUUUCAGUCCAUUUGGGUUAGUCACACUCCACCUCCGUAAGACUGUAUUCGUAUUGAACUUUAGUACCGACAAACUGUGUUUAAAUGUGUACAUUUAUCAUGGGGUGCCAUUUGUACUUAAACAAAUGUCUCUGUAGGCUAUAUGGCCAGAACAAGAACAUUACACCCACGUCUCAAUACAAAACCAUGGACAUUAGCAUGCUGCUUAUACAGCUACAAUAUUUUUAAAUCCUAUUUUAUAGGUUGAUAUUGGGCAAUAAGGCUCACUGUCUGUGUUCCAGUUCAUCUCAGAGGUGUCGGUGGGUUUCGGGCAACUUUUGGGUGUGCCUUGGUAAAAAGCACCUUGUCGGAUGAGGUAGUGAAGAGGGUUUUCCUCUCAGAUCUUUCCAGCUGGUCCAUGAUUGUACUCUCAUUUACUCUCGGUAACUCUUUUUGACUUUCUAACACUGUGAAAUAUACUGGAGUCUUUGUAUGUCUUUGUAUCCCAUUAGAGAAGUGUAAUGCAUCUCUUUUUGCAUUUUUCUGGGCGAUUAAGAGUAGUGCUCUGUGAUGGAGAAACCAGAAUUUAAGAGUAAGUAUCUGUAUUGUUUUUAUGUUUAAACUACCUUACCUUGUUUACAUCCUUUGUGGAAGAAGAAGCAGUGUUUCAUCAAAUACUUAUGUAUCUAUUGGUUUUGUGUUUCAUUGUAUAUGUAUAUGCAUUUGUAAUGUUUUCUACAAAUAAAUA